GGUCCCGGCCCGGUCAUGGCGGCCCGGCGGCUCCGCGGCGCCCUGCAGCUCGGGGCGCGGCAGCGCCUGCGGGCCGCGGCGGCCCCGCCCGGCAGGCACACGGCCCUGUGCGGCCUGCGGCUCUCCCGGCUGGGCCGGCCGGGCCCUGCGGCCUGGGAGCCCCGAGCUCAGCCCAGCCGGGGCUUCCUGAACCUCGCCAACAAACGCAAGGAGUACUCGGAGCGCCGCAUCAUCGGGUACUCCAUGCAGGAGAUGUACGACGUGGUGGCCAACGUGGAGGACUACAAGAACUUUGUGCCCUGGUGCAAGAAGUCCGUGGUGGUGUCGCGGCGCUCGGGUCACAUCAAGGCGCAGCUGGAGGUGGGGUUCCCGCCCGUGCUGGAGCGCUACACGUCCAUCGUCACCCUGGUGCGGCCACACCUCGUCAAGGCCGUCUGCACCGACGGGCGCCUCUUCAACCACCUGGAGACCAACUGGCGCUUCAGCCCCGGCAUCCCCGGCUACCCCCGCACCAGCACCGUGGAUUUCUCGAUCUCCUUCGAGUUCCGCUCCCUGCUGCACUCCCAGCUGGCCACCGUCUUCUUCGACGAGGUGGUCAAGCAGAUGGUGGCCGCCUUCGAGCGCCGCGCCGCCAAGAACUUCGGGCCCGAGACGCGCAUCCCGCGGGAGCUCAUGUUCCACGAGGUGCACCAGACGUGAGGGGCGGCGGCCACGGGCGCGCCCCCGGGACUCUGCCCGGCCCGCACAUCCCCACCCCACCAAAAAUGUCGUAUUUAUUCAA